AUGACAGGCGGGAAGAAGGACGCACACAACCUGUCCGAGGGAGACGACGUGUCGUGGAAAUGGGGCUCGCAGCAUCCCUCCGGCACCGUCAAAGAGGUUGUUGACGGCGACGCACAGGCCAAGACCAAGAAGGGCUCGACCAUCAGCAAAGAAGGCAGCAAGGAUGACCCUGCCGUCAUCAUCGAGACAGCCAACGGCAACAACGCCGUCAAGAAUGCCAGCGAGAUCGACGGAGUCAAGCCUUGA